GCGAGGGAGGGAGCGAGCGUCCGCCCUGACGACCGCGGCGGCGUCUGCGCCUGGAGGCGGGAGCCGUGACCCGACCCGAGGGGGGGAACAUAAAUCUACAACCAAACUUCAAAAUGCCUCCUAACUUGGAUUGGAAUAAGCUAAUGACAGUUGAUCCAGACUCCUUGCCAAGUCGGGACAAACUGGCAGAUAAGUUAUUGGAUUCUAUUUCAAAGGUUGAAGGCAAUGAUUUGACAGCAGAGAACCCAGAGAAGCUGAUUCAGCUUUUCCGCAUCACUCAGACCUUAAUGAAGAUGAAAGCACAAGAGGUUGAGUUGGCUUUGGAAGAAGUUGAAAAAGCUGGUGGAGAACAGGCAAAAAUGGAAAACCAACUGAAAGCAAAAGUGGUUAAGCUGGAACAUGAGGUGGAGAUGGCCCAAAUGAGUACUGGAGGCCGUGAUACUCGAUUUUUACGAGAAGAAAUUCGUCAGUUGGAAAACCAGCUGCAGUUUAAGGAUCGAGAACUGACUGAAAUCGAAAGAGAGCUGAACAAAGAAAAGAAAAUCUCUGAGCAACUGGGGAUUCGGAUCAAAGAGGUAGAAAAUGAAAACAAUAAAAUAAGAAGAGAGAAUGAGCAACUACGCCAGGACGUUACCGAUUAUCAACGACAAAUAGAUUCUCAGAGGGAAACACUCCUUACCAGGCGAGGUGAUGAAGCUGACUACAGAUCUCAGCUCUCCAAAAAGAACCUGGAACUCGUGCAAUAUUUAGAUGAAAUUCAGAACAUAACUGAGGCCAAUGAAAAGCUGGAAGCACAAACCAAAGAUCUGCAGAGAAACUUGGAAGAGUCUGUGCAAGAAAUGGAAAAGAUGACCGACGAAUACAACAAAAUGAAACUGAUUGUUCAGCAUUCGGACAGUAUCGUGGAUCAGAAUAGAAGGGAAAAGGAACAGCUCACAUUACAGGUACAAGAACUGACUGAGCAACUCCAAACCAGAACAGAUGAAGAGGAUCCUGUGAUACUGGCAGUGAAUGAAAAAAUUGAGGAAUGGAAGAGAGUGUUAACUGCUAAGGAUGAGGAAAUCACUGAGUACCAGCAAAUAUUACGGGAUCUCACAAAUAAAUUAAGAACUGCUGAGCUUGACAAUGAUAAAAGCACUGUUAUUGGCCUCCAACAGAUCAUAGCAGAGCUCUUAACUGCUGUACAUGAACGAGACUACCAAAUUAAGAUUCUGACUGAUCAAAUCGAACUGCACACCGUUGAAAUGAAUAGAAAUGUGCUCCUCAUUGACGAAUUACAAUCUCAGUUAAAGCACGAUAUGGGUUUUCCCACCCUUCAUCAGCAAAGCCGAAUCGGAGAGCUCCAGCACAAAGUAAAUCUGUUAGAGCAAAAAAUCCGGGAAGCUGAGCGGGUAGCAGAACUUGCUGAGAGUGAUGCCAAAGAAAAAGACCAAGAACUUAGUGAGGCUUUGACUCGAAUGAGGGCAUAUGAAUCUGGUGAAUAUGGACUGGAAAAUGCAGUUGCAGAAAUUAAGGAGUGCAAGAACCAUAUCAAAAUCAGAGAUCAUGAAAUUGAAGCAAUGAUCAGAGAGAUCAAUAACCUUGAGCUGAAGAUAAAUGACCUUUUGGAUGAAAAUGAAAAUCUCCGGGGACGGCUAGGUCUCAAUCCUAAAGACAUAAUUGAUCUGACUGAAUUUAAGAAAAACAAAAACUUGAAACAGCAGCAGUAUCGAGCUGAGAACCAGAUUCUUCUGAAAGAGAUUGAACACCUCGAGGAAGAAAGACUGGAACUGAAGAAGCAAAUCCGCAAGCUGGCCCAAGAUAGAGGUACACGGGCAGGUAGACUGGGACUUUCAGCAGACGACUUGCAGUUGGUCGAGGAACUUGCUGAUGAUUUGAGCCCACGUAAAUCAAGACUUUUUUUGAGCUCUAGCAACUGGGAUGAGUUAAAAGAUAAGAAUUGCCUGCUGCACAGGGAAUUACUGAACAAAGAAGAACAAUUUCAAAGUGCAGAAGUAGAACUCAUUCAGCUCAGCAAGAACAUGAUACAGAAUGAAUACCUUUCAAAAGAAGUGCAAGAGAAAGAGAAAGAAGUGGAGCAAAGAAAGAUUCAAGUCGCUGAGUUGAAAGCUAAAUUAAAGGACGUGGUAGAAGAAAAUAAGCAAUUCGAGCAUGGUAUGAAAGAGAUCCUAGAAGCCAUAAAGAAUACCCAGAACGAAACCCUUCCCAAAAGAGGGGAGCCAAUUCUGAAGAUAGAAAGUUUAGAGAGACUAGUUAGUGCUAUUGAAAUGAAGAAUACGAAAGGUACUUUUGAUGUGAAUGUCCAUCUCAAAGCUCAGGUUGACCAGUUGACAGGGAGAAAUGAUGAACUUCGACAAGAGCUUAGAGAGGCUCGGAAGGAAGCUGGUAUAGCCAACAGUCAGAUGGAGAAAGCCAAUGAAAGGGUCACACGUCUAGAAAAUGAGAUCAAGUUAUUACAUCAAUCAAGAGGACAUAGUGUUGUGUUUCAGCCUCUAACUUUUCCAGAAGGAAUGGAACCCUCCAGUACUGAUAUUAUCAAUAGUCUGAAUGAAUAUCUAGUGCAGCUUCUACAGGACAUAUCAAAUAAAGAGAAAGAUAUAGCAAAAGUGCAAGAUGCGGUUGAAGAAUAUAAACGCAAAUUUGCAGUGAUUCGUCAUCAACAAGGCUUGCUAUACAAAGAAUAUCAAAGUGAAAGGGAAUCCUGGCAGAGGGACAUUGAGAAAGUUGCAGAAGAAAAGAAGAAACUUGAGGAUUUAAAGGAACAAGAUGCUGUUAAAAUUAAGCAAUACAAUCAACUAUUAGAAACACUUCAGAUGGAUCCUGAUGAAAUGAAGAAACGACUUGCAGAUAUUGUUCGAAAAAGCACUGUACUACACGUGAAUGAAAAGUCCUUAACCAGGCGCUACACAACCUUGCUUGAGAUGGAGCAGCACUUAAGGAAAGAAAAUAACAAACUCAGGAAUGAUAAUAUAGCCAUGGAGGUAGCUGUCAGUGAAAGAAUUGGGUACCUACAGAGAUUCAAGGAUGUUGCUGCAUUUAAAACUGCUGCAUUGCAGAAAGCCCUGGAAGAAAGUGUGCCUAUAUCUGACAUGGAACGUGCUAAUGCACAAUAUAAUGAACUGACAGCUAAAUAUAGGGACUUACUGCAAAAAGAUAACCUGCUAGUUCAGAGAACAUCUAAUCUGGAGAAUUUGGAGGGCGAAAAUACAGCAUUUCGUGAGGAUAUUGAUGGCUUGAACAAAGAGUUAGAGAUUACAAAGGAAAAACUUCACACACUGGAACAAGCCUGGGAACAAGUCAAUAAACUUGGAGGUACUGUUGCCAUGGAUAAAGCAACAAAAGCAAUUACCAACAGUGAAAUUGUGUCCAUCUCCAAGAAGAUCACCAUGCUAGAAAUGAAGGAAUUAAAUGAACGACAGAGAGCUGAGCAUGCCCAUAAAAUGUGUGACCACAUGCAGAACACACUGAAACAACUGGAAGAAAGGAAUAGUGAGCUUGAGACUAAAUUUGCUGAGAUAACAAAGAUAAACCUGGAAGCUCAGAAGAUUGAACAAGAGCUGAGAGAUGAGUUGGCGAAGGGUGUGAGCAAAGCAGUGAGUGAUGCAGACAGGAAACGCAUCGCAGCAUUGGAAAAAAGUGAAUCUGAAUUAAAAAUUGAGGUGUCAAUGUUAAGAGACAUUUCAGAUGUAGCCAAAAUGCAGGUUGGAACCUUAGAAGCUCGUCAGCAAUCCAGGGAGAAGGAGGUGGCGGCUCUCAGGAGACAAGUACUGGAUUACCAGGUAGAAUCUGAUGAGAAAGCUCUAAUUGCAACAUUGCAUCAGCACAUUAUUGCACUGCAGGUCAGUGAAACCACUGCAGUCAACAAGUUGGAGGUUAUUACAAGCAAGCUCCAAAAAUUGGAGGCGUGCAAUCUUCGGCUGGAGCACAAAUUGGAUGAGAAGGAGCAAGCACUUUACUACGCUAGGCUAGAGGGCAGAAACAAAGCCAAACACCUGCAACAGACUAUUCAGUCUUUACGGAGACAAUUCAGUGGAGCCCUGCCACUGGCCCAACAGGAAAAGUUCUCCAAAACCAUGGUCCAGCUGCAGAAUGACAAACUGAAGAUCAUGCAGGAGGUUAAGCGUGCCCAGGAGGAAAGGAGAGCUGCAGAAGACAAGGCAACAGAGCUGGAACUGAAGAUACAUAGUCUAGAGGAGCUGAUCGGAUCAUUAAAGGAUGCCAGAGGAGCGCAAAAGGUAACUGAAUGGCACAAGAAAAUGGAACAACUGCGUCUCGAAGAACUCAAACUAAACCGAUGUAUAAACAAGCAAAAAGAAGAACUCAAAUAUUUGAACAACAUUAUCUCCGAACAAGAACGCACCAUCAACAGUCUGGAAGAAGAAAUGGUUCAACAAAACAAGUUCCAUGAAGAACGGCAGUUAAUAUGGGAUCAGAGAGAAGUGGAGCUGGAACAUCAGUUGGAUCGGUAUGAGAAACAGCAGAAUGAAGUGCUAAGUACAGCAAAAAAGUUCGAGGAAGCUACUGGCUCAAUCCCAGACCCAAGUGUGCCACUUCCGGAACAAUUAGAUGUAGCUUUACAGAAGAUCAGAGGGCAUAUCCGAACAAUUCUCGAAACUCAGGGAACCUGCAGAACUCUGGAAGAGAAACUUAAAGAGAAGGAAGCAGCAUUGUGGAAGGCUGAACAGAAUGUGUUGUCUAGAGACAGAGUUAUAAAUGAGCUGAGGCUCCGACUACCUGCAACAGUUGAGCGAGAAAAGCUAAUAGCCGACCUUGGUGAUCAAAAGGAAGAUAACCAGGAAAGCAGAAAGACCCUGAAAAUAGCCCAUCAAACCAUCACCAACAUGCAGGCCAGGUUAAAUCAGAAAGAAGAAGUUCUGCACAAAUAUCAACAUUUGCUGGCAACAGCUCGAAAGGAGCAGGAGGAAAUUGCUAGGAAGCAUGAGGAGGAUCUUAAAAUUUUGCACCAGAAAAUGGAUUUACAAGCAGAUGCAUCACUGAGCAAGUUUAAAGAAGCUGCAAUAGAGCUGAUGAAAAAACCAUCCCUUCCUAUUCCUACAACCAAUCACCUGCAGCGCCUGGCCGAGAUGGAGCAGAUAGUAGCCGAGCAAGAUAACUCACUGUGUGCACUUACAGACAAACUAAACAGAGCAACCACGGAGGCUGAGAAGCACAAACAAAUUACUGUGCUGAAAAUGAAGGAAUACCAGACUGAAAAAGCAAAGCUUGAAGAGAAUCACGCUGCUCACGUAAAGAGACUAAAGAAUGAGAUAAAUGAACUGAAGAACACGAUAUUACAGAUGGAGAAAGAACUAGAGUACUUCAAAACUGAACUGGAGGCCCAAAAGCAAGCAAAUACAAGAGCACCUACAAAUACCAUGAAACACUUAGUGGAAAGAUUAAAAAGUCAACUGGCCUUGAAAGAAAAGCAACAAAAGGCUCUGAGUAAGGCAUUACUGGACCUGCGAGCUGAAAUGACGUCUCAUGCAGAAAAGCAAAUCAUUACCUCAGCUGCACAAAAGGAGGAAAACUUCAAUGUUCAACUUAUUGUUGAUAAACAAACCAAAGAACUAAGGAUACGCAUAGAAGAGCUGUCCAACCAUCUUGUAGCAAGCAAGGAGAACCUCAAAGCAUGUAGAAACAAAGAGUCGACCAUGACGUCUGAACUAGAACAUUUAAAUGGAGAACUGCAAAGAAAGGAGCGGGCUGCAAACAAAUUGCAGACAGAAAAGGAUGAGCUGGACAAAGAGAACGAAGAACUGAAGAAAAAAAUUAAAAGGCUGUGCAGCAGUAUGCAGACCAGGACAGCCACUGACAAUAAGCAGAAUUUAAUAGAUGAACUGCAGAAAAAGGUGAAGAGAUUGGAAAGUGAACUGGGCAAGAAAACUACUUCUGAACAUGCUGAGAGAAAAACUGUGAAAGAAGACAGGACAUCAAAAGAGGAAAUUGUGAGGUGGGAAGAGGGUAAAAAGUGGCAGGCCAGACUGGAAGGAGUAAGAAACAAAUUAAAAGAAAAAGAGAAGGAGGUGGACAGUAUGGCAAAGCAGAUCAUUACUCUAAAGGACUUGUAUACAAAAGUUGAACAGGAAAAGGUAACUUUACAAAAGAAACUCAAAGCUCGUGGAGUUACUGUGGACCAAGUAAUCGGCAUCAGAAGCAUGGAAUCCAACAAAGAGAUUGAAGAUUUGAAAAGAAAAAACAGUGAUCUUGAGGAUCAGAUAGUAGCCAUGAGGCUACAGCAAGCUUUACCGCGAGACUCUGUGGUAGAAGAUUUGACCUUAAAAAAUUGUUACCUGCAUGAAAAGCUUCAGGCAUUAGAAAGACAACUGUCAAAAGACCCAUUUUCCAGACCAUCGACAUCUGGAGUUGGUUCUGAAGCUGCAUCUCAGAAAGAGCAAGAGCUUCAAAGGGAGAACCUCAGUCUCUCGGCAGAUAAUGUUGAACUGCGCUUUCAACUGGAACAGGCCAUUAAGGAUUUGCCACGAUUAAAGGAUCAAGUUGGUAAUCUCCAAGAAAUGUGUGAACUUCUCAGGAAGGAGAAAACAGAAUUAGCAAGGAAACUUGGGAAUGUUCGAGGGUCUGGACGCAGUGGGAAGACCAUCCCUGAAUUAGAAAAAACAAUCGGCUUGAUGAAGAAGGUGGUAGAGAGAGUGCAAAGAGAAAAUGAAGGGCUGAAGAAGGCACCGGAAGUGAUAUCCAGUCAGAGACUGAGCGCUCUUGAAAUGGAAAAUGAAAACCUUAAGUGUGAACUGGAGAAGUUGAAAAAGCAGAUGGAGGAUCAGCUGAGUUUGCAAUAUGAGGCCAAGACAAAAGGCACAGAGAAGAUAAUAGCUGAGAAUGAGCGGUUACGAAAAGAGCUAAAAAAGGAAGCUGAUGGUGCUGAAAAGCUGCGUAUUGCUAAAAACAAUCUGGGGAUUUUGAACGAAAAACUGACGGUACAGUUGGAAGAGACCAAUAAACGAUUAAACUUUGCAGAAAGUCAGGGUCCACAACUUGAGGGUGCGGAUAGCAAGAGCUGGAAGUCCACUGUAGUGUCCAGAAUGUUUGAGAGCAAAGUGAAAGAGUUGGAGACAGAGAUUGCAAAAAAGAACCAAAGUCUCGCUGAUCUUAAACAGCUGCUGAGAGAAUCAAAUGACCGAGAAAAAAAGUUUGUGUGUAAAGCAGAUGAGCUGAAGGAACAGAUUGAGUUGCUCAAACAAUUUCCUGACGAAGCAAAAACAGGACACAGUCUCGUCAGAGAACUACAACUAAUGAGACUGGCAUAUGAUCGCUUGGAAAAAGAGAAAGCUGCCCUUGAACUCCACCAUCUGGAGAUCCACAGAAUGCAAAGUGAUGCCAUUGCUGGUACAAGUGCAGGAUACAAUGAUGUAAGGGAGCGAGGACAAUGUGAAGAUACAUAUAAGGGAGAAGUAGUAGAGUUGCAAAAGCAACUAAAGGUAUCAAACGUAGAGAAACAACAUUUGCAGGAAGAAAUAAAGAGGUUGAAAAAAGAACUCAGCAACUUUGACCCCUCAUUUUUUGAAGAGUUGGAGGACUUGAAAUUCAACUACAGGCAAGAGGUUAAACGAAACAUUCUUUUGGAAGAACAGAUCAGGAAAUUAUCAGAAAGGUUUGGGGUGGAAGUAGAUAUUCCUGGAAAUUGCUCCAGUGACUGAGAAGAUCCAAUGCGUGGAUCAUUAUAGAGAAGUGUUAUUAGAGUGGAUGGAAUUUACCAUUCAGAGCUUAAAGUCGUUAUAAUUAUUUGGUUUGAAAAAUUCUGUUAGAUUCUUUGAAUGCUAGUUUUAAAAUGCAUGUGUUAAAUUAAUAUUUCCAAAUUUUUAAGCAGUUAUGAUAAAUAAUCCUUGCAUUUUAUAUAGCGCCUUAUCACAUCUUUGAGAUGUCUCAAAGCGCUUCACAGAAUAUACUGUAAAGUGAAUUGACUAUAUUUUGUGGGCGAAUCUGGGCACAAUGUCCAGUUCCCAAAUUGCUGCAAAUGUUACUAAUGUCCUUGUAAAUGUACAGAAAGCCGGCCAUUGUAGUAAUUUUUACUCUGCAGCAUUUCACGAGAACAUAACUUUGGAGACAAUUUUUCCCCCAAGUUAAAGGAAGUUUCUGUGCAUUCUAGAGAGGAAGAAGUCUACUCUUCCCUCCUCAAUGUUGGUAUUGUGUUGGUAAAAAUCUGAGUUUAUAUUUAUAGUAUGUGAAAUAGUAAAGAAGAAAGGAUAAUGUGCAAAAUUAGAAUCUUUUUAUUCAUUACUAUCCGUUCUGUGAUAUCUACUCCGGCACUGAAUGUUUAAACAAAUUCUAUUCUUCCAAAACUGGUAAACCACAGGAUCUGACAGAAACAUACAGAGAACCUGAGAAACAGUAUUUUUGUAGUAUUUAUGUACCGAGAAUUUUUGACAUUGUUACUUAUUUAUUAAAUUUGUAGAACAAUUUUAAAUAAACCGCUUCCAAACAGC